AUGAAUAACUUUGUUCAGAUGAACGAAGCACCGAGUGUUCCCAGCUUCAUCCACUUCAGUGAGUUGACCACCACUUCGGUCAACGUGUCCUGGGGAGAGCCCAAGCAGGCCAACGGCAUCAUCGAAGGCUACCGACUGGUUUAUGAGCCCUGCACUCCAGUGGAUGGUGUCAGUAAGAUUGUGACAGUAGAUGUGAAGGGCAGCGCUCCCUUGUGGAUGAAGAUCAAAGACCUUGCCGAUGGCGUCACGUAUAACUAUCGCAUCCGGGCCAAAACACUCACUUAUGGUCCGGAGGUGGAGGCCAACAUCACGACUGGACCUGGAGAAGGAGCGCCAGGCCCUCCAGGAGAACCCUUUAUUUCUCGGUAUGGCACCGCCCUCACCUUGCAUUGGACCAGUGGGGAUCAGGGCCGUGCACCAAUCACACGUUAUGUCAUUGAGGCCAGACCCUCCGAUGAAGGAUUGUGGGAUAUCCUUAUCAAAGACAUCCCUAAGGAAGUGACAUCCUACACUCUUAACCUGGAUAUGCUGCGAGAAGGGGUCACCUAUGACUUUCGAGUAAUUGCAGUCAACGACUAUGGCUACGGAUCACCCAGUGCCCCCUCCCCCUCUAUAUCAGCCCAGAAAGUGUCUCCGUUCUAUGAGGAGUGGUGGUUCUUGGUGGUUAUCGCCCUGGUGGGCCUCAUCUUCAUCCUCCUCCUUGUUUUCAUCCUCGUCAUCCGAGGCCAGAGUAAAAAAUACACGAAAAAAACUGAUUCAGUGUCGUCCUCAUACCCCUGUCCAGGCAACCACUCCAACUGCACCGCUCUGCCUCUGACCCACGGAGAGAUGGUGCGUCUGGACGAGGGGCGCUUCCCCACCCUGGAGCUCAACAACAGACGCCUCUCUGUGAAGAACUCCUUUUGCCGCAAGAACGGCAUCUACACACGGUCUCCACCAAGACCCAGCCCUGGAAGCCUGCACUACUCAGAUGAGGAUGUCAGCACUAAGUACAAUGACCUGAUCCCUGCAGAGAGCAGCAGUCUGACCGAGAAGCCCUCUGAGAUAUCUGACUCUCAGGGCAGUGACAGCGAAUAUGAGAUGGAUCAAAGCCGGCAGAAGACCCACUCUUUUGUCAACCACUACAUCAGCGACCCCACCUACUACAACUCAUGGCGACGACAGCCGAAGGGCGUCUCUCGUCCGCCAGCAUACGGCUACUCCCAGCCCGAGCCCCUCGUCGAGCAGGAGUCACGACAGCAUCCACCCCCCGUGCCCCCGCUGCCACCACUCCUCCCCCCAAGCGCCCCCUCCCCACAGCCCCAGUGCCAGGGCCAGGGCACUCUGUUCAGGUCUAAGGGUAGCCGGACUCCCACCCCCUCCCUGCUGUCCUCCGACCCCCCCAGCCAGCACAGCACCCUCUACCGGCCCCCCAGCAGCCUGGGCUGUGCCGCUCAGGCACCUACCGCGGGCUUCUCCUCUUUUGUUUGACACACAGCUCUCACUCCAAUAACAACAAGACCUUGAGGACGAGUCUUUGAUUUUGUUGUUGUUGGUUUGUUUGUAUUUUGCUCUUUUUCUCUCUUUUUUCUGUCUAUUUGGCAGAGUUGUUGCUCAAUAUUACGCAUUGCAGGCAUCUUGAAUAGCGUUUUCUCCUCUGUGAAGAGUGUGUGUAUGAUUGUGUGUAGCGCGUGUGAUUGGUAAGUCCAUGUGAUUAUGUAUUUUAUGAAAGACAAUCAUUUGAACAUUUUUAUGCGUUGCUUAAGUACAUUCAUGUGAAGGGUCAACCAUGUAAACAAGGGAGAACAGAACCUGAGGUUCUGAAAAAAGUAAAAACCUUGUUUUAAAAACACUGUAUUAAUGUUUAAUAUGAGAGCUUUAUAGAAAAAGAACCACCUUAGCAUCAUAUAGAAUAUGGACCACUUUGUUUGCUUAGACUGGUCAGUGGAAACACGAACUCUGAUGGAGUAUUAUCAUGUUUGGACAAAGACUGAGCUGAUAGUGAGAAAUGGACUCUGACUUUGGAGAGAGGCACUAGCGGUCACUGUGGCCCUCUGACCCUCACUCUGCCUGACCAUUGUUGGAACUGCAUUAUGUGUUUAUUAUGUGUACAUGUCUUAUAUUGUUUACCAGAUAUUUAUAUCAUAUAGCUUCAAGCUAAACAUUUUCCGAACACCACUAGUGACAAUGUUAUGAAUCACAUUAAAGCAUCAUGGCACCUUUAUAGUAGUCUGGGGAAUGUGUUGAUUGUGUGCCAGUACUCUUGUCAUUAGAUAUACAAGCUAAGACAACAUUCAUAAUGUGCAUCAGUUUGUUUUUAAGUUAUCAAAGAAUAUGACUGAGGACCAAAAGCACAAAUCUUGUUGGUUCAAAAGAUUUUAUCACCAUGAAACAUUUAGUUAUAGAAGUGCAAGAAUAACCAUCAGAUUACUGACACAUAUAGAACUGUGACCAAACUGAAAACACUGAUUUUGUUUUAACGUGUUUUCUUGACAAAAUGACAAAAAACAAGACAACAUGAAACUUACAGACAGUAAACAUUAAAAGUAAAAAAGCUGAUAUGAUGUAUUUGUUAAUAAGGCGGGAGAAGAGGGCAGCUUUAGGAUAUCUUGGUUUAUUUAAGAAACUUUAUUUAAUAAUUGACAGCAAAAGUACACAACUAUUGUACAUGAAAUGUAUCACAAAGGAUCCUGAUGUGAAAUAAUGUGUCCUCAACAUGUUACAGUGUAACAUGCCAUUACUAUGACGACAGAAAAUGUGUUUUAUGCUGACUGUAUACAUAUGUUAUGAUGGGAUGUUUUCUACAACUCUUUUGAAUAUGCUGGUUUACAAAAGUUGAAUGGGACAUUGCUGUGCCGGAGGAGGACCCUUGGUGUAUAAAGUUUGAAAAUCGCUCCAAAACACCAUCUGUCAAAUAUCCAAUGUUAACAUCACUGUAUGCAUCAUGAAGGAACAUUAUGGACCUAUUCAUGAUAGUUCUAAAUAAAUUAUUCUAUUUUGUAACGGCUUUUUCUUUAUGGCUCAUCUGAAUAUUUGAUAAUAUAAUGCCAUGUUAUGGAGAAUAAUAUGUACUGGUAA